GCAUAACAUUGUAAUGAACUAUUCUCAAACUGGUACCAAGUUGAUAGACACCCUAUACAAUUUCCAUUCGUACGCUAUUUGCAAUUAUAUUUCCGAAUUUUAAUUUCAGCAAUUAUUCACUUUAAAUGAAUAAAACACUGUCACUGCUGUUGGUGAUUACAGUUUUUGUUCCCGUUUCGUAUUCUAUCACGUGUUACAAAGGAUUUCAAAUCAUUCAAGGCCAAAUAUUUGGUACGGAAACCGAAGAAUGCGAAAAUGAAACGGCUUACUGCUAUAAUAUGACCGCCGAAGCUGCAUUAAUUUUCAAGAUUAUGAAGGCUGGUUGCUCAACAUAUAGAUGCAUGUUGGCAGCGAACGUAUGCAGGAGUAUGACUUUUCAAGGUGUACCUGUCAGCUUCUGUUGCUGCAACGAACAUGAUCUUUGUAAUUACAGCAGGGAAUAAACUUUGAAUAGAG